AUGCAAAUUAUACAUUUAUUACCAGAUCUUAUCACAUUAAAAAUUAAUUCUUUAAUUUUAACAAUUUAUCGAUCAUUAAUAGAUGAAAAAUUUCCUACCACGUGUUCAAUAGAACAUGCAAAAAUUUAUUUUCUUCUUAAUGUUUGUCCACAUAUGGAAUUUCUUAAUGUCGAAUGUAUUAAUGGUAUGACUAUUGAAUUAUUUCUACGAGAUAUUUUAAACAAAAUUAAUCUAGAUCAUCAUAAAGAACUUCGUUUAUUAUGUAUUUAUGUUUCAAAAGCAGAUGAUAAUAUGAUUAAAACUUUUAAAAAAAUGAUUGAUAAAGAAAAACUUUUGUUAAAUUACACAAUUCAUCAUGAACUUAAUAAUAUCUAUUUACAAUGGAAAUGA